CUUCCGUGUUUCGUCUACCCCGGUGGUGCUCUCCCCCUCCCCUCAGUUCAUCCAUCCUCUUUUCAGGGCGACUCGCCUGCGUCAAUGGCAGAGCCAUUUGUAGGAGCGAGAUCGGCCAUGAUAUGAAGUCACCAUGGGAAGCUCUCCCCUCUCUCUAUCUCUGAUCUGGAUCCUGGAGAGGGACAUCGCCGGCACAUCUUUCUCUGACCACCAUAAGUCCUGUACGAGCUCCACGUGGCCGGCUGUCUCCUCUCUCAAUCUCUGAUCUAGAUCAUGGAGAGGGAGAAGAGGAGGUUGCUGGAAAUCAAACCCCACAGAUUGGUUAGACCAUGGUGAAACCAAGGUCAUCAUUGACCAUGGAGUGCCCCCACGGUUCUACCCUGCCGAUGGGGUGGAGAAGCUACGGCAUCCUCGCCGGUCAGCAAAUACGGGCGUUCUCUAUCCGCGUCCACGCCCACCUCCAAAUCCUCUAAGCAGCGCGCCCCCAGCAGCCACCGGUGGCGGUGGUGUUGGCGGUCUGGCAUCGAUGCCUGUGAACAUCCCAGAAGGUCCAAAUCAUCCGCGAAGUACGGUGGGUAGCGCCGGUGCGGGGCGGUUGCCGUACGCCACCACGGGGACACAUACCUGAAGUGCGGCGAGGGCGGGUGGGUGCUGCCGCAGUCCUUCUCCAUGCGCGAGGGCGCCGUGCGCACGCUCAAGGUCUGCAACCUCCCCUGUGUCUGCAACCGUCAUGGCUUUGCCUCGGCUCAGGUUGCUCCUCGCCUGAUAGCGCUAAGGAGGAGCCAUAUUGUUGACGCUAGCUCAGUGAGCAGGGGAAAGUGGCCUGAGGAGCCAGGCGCCGCAGCUGAUGGUCUGGCCUCACACCACGCCCAUCCUACAUGUGGAUCUGGAGCAGGUCACGGUGGAUUGGACGGGAGUUCAGGAGUGGAUCAGGACGGUGCUGGGUUGUUUGGUCUGCGGGCUAGAGAUUUUGCUUUCCAUUCGUUUGGUGAAGGAAGUUGUUCUCAGCACGACGGCUCCCAAAUGGCCUUCUCCCCUGGCAGAAGACCCAGCGGUAUCAACUACCAUGGACCACUUCGCGGUGGUGGCGGGUGAUACAGGACCGAUGCACGCAUACGAGGCCGGCCUGUAUCAUGAAUGUUGAGUGUGAGAUGGUAAAGAGGAACAUUUUUACACUUCGUGAUGGCGGCCUCCGGCAAGGUCUGCCCUCUACUGCGUCACUUCCUCCCGUUGAUGUUGUGGCCCUCAAGAUGUUACUGCAGCGCUUUGCUUGCCGUUCGUGCUAUUCUGUCCAUGAUCUCUAGGUUUCCACCUUUUGUUAACACAACUCUCCUACAUGAUAUUAAUUUCAGUUGCUUGAUGGUAGGAACAUACAGGUGCACUGCGCAAACCACAGAUGAUCUUCUGCUUUUGUCGACAUCGAUUCUCGCUCACUGGUUCAUGUAGAAAGAGAAUAUAAACUGUAUCCACUUUUUCUUGGAUCAUUUUGGAUUGCUGAAUGGAAAACACAUUCAAGGCACAAAAUCUAUGAGAAUCAUGACAAGUAAUUGUACCCAAAAGGAUUACUGCCCUAUCUGGCGAUCUGUAUUGAGUUGAUUUAAGCUAGAACUGAGAAACAAGUUAUAGCUUUGAAAAAACAAAAUGGUUAUUUCUUGAUCGAGGUUACCUAAUAGUUGAACAGAUUGAGUUCAUUGCAGUAAAUUGUUUUAGAAACCUACCAUUGAUGAUGCAAGUUUCAACUGGACCAUAUAAGAUUAUUGGAACUAAUUAUUUCCUGAAGGACAACUGCAGUUACUCAAUGAGAUGCUGACUGGAAUCUCCAAGCAGCAUAUUUCUUUUUAGUUGUUGUUCUCCUAGCUGGAAUCUCUAGAGAUGAUGACUAGAAUCUACAAUUUCCGUAAGAUCAUUCGUGUGCUUGAAUGUUUUAUGUGUACACUGUCUACUCGGUUGUUUAAUGUCGGUUCUCGAUUCCUUCAACUUCAGGUCCUAUUUUGAACAAGCCAGGUUGGACGGCCCAGUUUAUCCACACACACACACACAAGUACGAGAGUCUUUGAAGUUUGUUCUGGUAGCCACGCUAUGUCUGUAGGCUGAUCAGUCCUUCAUCUUUAUGGUGUUGAUGAAUUCAUAGAAUAGUCUCUUCUGUAUAGCAAUACCUAAUGAGGUUUCGUUUCAUAUGUAGUUG